UUUUGUUUAAAAAUUGCUGGUAAAACACAAGGAAAAAGUAAUAAAGUUAGUAUAUUUUUUUAAAAAGAAAUAUUAAAUGACGUGGUGUUCGUAUUAUUAUAAAUUCUUAUAAAAUAUAUUAAAUAGUGCCAUAAUUAAUUACAUUGCUACUGGAUAUACAAAUAUUCCUCACCAAGAAUUGUUUUAUAAUGUUUAAAUGAUAAACUAAAAAAGAGAGCCUUUAAAAAAAACUACAUACUACUACGAAAAUGGAUAAAUAUAGUUUAUUACUGUUACUAUUCUUUACAACAACAGUAUGUUGGCUACCACAUAUUGCCGGCCAGCAUGAAAAUAUACCAUACGAAAAUGUUGCAAACAUUUGUGAAACAUGUGUAUGUUUAGAUACACAAGAUGUUGGCAAUAAAAAUCAAACACAUCACAUGUUAAGUUGUGUGAUGAAAGGAUUCAAGCAUAUAUUGGCAAGGUGGCCAGAAGAAUUUGGCAAAAAUAAUGGAAAAGAAAACGUAAUUGUGGCCAGUUUUUCGGGUAACACAAUCGAUAUAUUGCAACAAUUGCCUUCAACCAAUGGUACAUUGAGUUUUGCUUGUCGCCAUUGUGGUAUCAAACAUUUGCAAGUACCCACUUUUAUGGAUGUUCCAAAUAUAAUUUCAUUGGAUUUGGCUUAUAACGAAAUCACAAAUGAUGAAUUGACACCGGAUGUUUUUAGGGGACCCUAUCAUAUAACCAGUUAUGAACCGAUUGCUUUAAUUGAAUUGGAUUUAAGUCACAAUAAACUUAACUCUUUGGAUCGAAGAAUUUUUGAGCAUACGCCUAAUAUAACGAAAUUAAAUUUAAGUUGGAAUAGCUUUAAGGUUUUGGAUAAUCCAACUACUAUGGCUUUGGCUUCGGCGUCUUCGUUGGAGAACCUUGAUCUCUCUCACACCGGUAUUAAAUCUCUGGCUAAGGUUAUUUUUGAGAAACUUACUUCUUUAAAGGUAUUAAAUUUGGCUGGCAAUGAAUUUGUUCAUUUACCCGAAAAUUUCCAAUUGAUUGGGCAAAGUUUGCGCAGCUUAAAUUUAGCCGGCAAUAAAUUCAGUGAUUUUAGUGAAGGCAGUUUUUUGGGUUUAAAAGCCUUGUUGCAUCUAAAUAUUAGUGGUAUGCCAAAUUUAAAGAGCAUACAGAAUAAUACCUUUUCCCGUUUGGAGCAUUUAACUCAUUUAGACUGUUCAAACAAUCACAAGUUGGAGAGCUUUGAUUUAGAUAGCUUAAUGCAUUGUGGAAACUUGACCUAUUUGGACAUCUCAUAUUGCAGUCUAACAACUCUUAAUCUCAAUAUGGAUCUGUCAUCGGUGUCUGCAGCUAAUAAUACAAAUAUCACUUUACCAAAACCUUGGCCAUUACUCAAAACAUUUAAAACUAUUGGCAAUCUAUGGAUGUGUGAUUGUCAGCUAUUCCAAGUGCUAGAGUACGCUGGUUCACAUUAUCUUUAUGCAGAUGAACCGAUACGUUGCGAUAGUCCCUAUAUAUUUGCGGGUGCCCGUUUAUCUAAUUUAACCUUAAAACAAAUUUGUUCUUUACAAAUUCCCAAAAAAUACAAAGUUAUCGAUGAGGAGCCACCACGUUUUAGACGUAAACGUUAUAUUAUCUUAACCGUUAUUACUGCAUCAGUUGUAGUGGUGUUGGGUUUAAUUAUCGGUUUUAUAGUGGUGUGUAUACGAAGACGUUUAAAACGAGACGAUUUCGGUGUGGAACCUAUACGUUAUACCAGUGUGCGUAGUAGUAAUCUAUCAGCAUUUUCACAGGGUCAUACAAAUGGUGCCGUAAGUAAUGGAAGUGUUUGAUAAUUAUUUCAAACAUUCAGAAAUUUUUUCAUUUUGUAUAUUUAAAACAGUAAUUCAAGGCUGAUUUUAAGCAGUAAAUUAAGGUUUAAAAAUAUGUUUGUAAUUGGGUUUAAUAAAUCUAGUUUUAAGUGUAAGUUUUUUUUUUAUAUUGAUAUGAAAAAAAAAACAAUUGUGUAAGAUACAACAAAAAAAGAAUUAAACGAAUUUUUGACCAAAGAUUGUUAAUAAUAUUGUGUACGAUAACCCCGACUUUCGUUUUUUUUUUUUGUUCUAUAUUUUUAUAUUUCUGUUUUAUCUUAAUGUUUAAUUAAUAUCUGCCGUUCAAAUUAAUGAAUAUUUGCCAUUUUUUAUAAUUUUUUAUAUUGUUUUUAAUUUGUACUUAACAUUAUAUGCAGUACAUGUGUAAGUUGUAGCUUUAUUUAUUUUGAUUUGUAAAUAAAACAAAAAGUAUUUAUGUAAAUUUAAUAAAAAUAUUAUUAUAACU